AUGAAGCGGCAAGUACCGUUGUUUCUCUCGGUCUUCUACUUAAGCGCAGUGCUCGGGCAGGUCAGCUACUCCAUUCCAGAGGAGAUGCCUAAAGGCUCUUUCGUCGGGAACAUAGCUCAGGAUUUAGGUUUAGAUGUCAAAAGACUACAGACCGGAAAGGCACGCGUUUUUACGAGAGACAGCACAGCGUACGUCGAGCUGAACAGAGAAAGAGGAAGACUGCUGAUAAAAGAGAGAAUAGACAGAGAGGCGCUCUGUGGACAAACGACGCCCUGCGCACUGCAUUUUCAGAUUUUAUUGGAAAAUCCAAUUGAAUUCUUCAGUGUCACAGUUGAAAUCAUGGAUAUAAACGACAACCCCCCGACUUUCAUUACAAACGAUGUUCAAUUUAAUAUCAGCGAGUCUGCGCUUAUUGGCACUACGUUUAAUUUAGACAGGGCGACUGACGCUGAUGUUGGCGAAAAUGGGUUAAAAACGUAUGUCUUGAAACCAACAGAUACAUUUUCUCUUAAAAUUAACAAUCAAGGAGACGGCGGUAAAAACGUUGAGAUGGUUUUGAAUGCACCGCUGGACAGAGAGAAAAAUGAACACGUUUCUCUGGUUCUGACGGCGGUGGAUGGUGGCGAGCCGCAGAUGUCAGGGACAAUGCAGAUUCACAUCACUGUUUUAGACGCUAAUGACAAUGCGCCUGUUUUCACACAGUCUGUUUAUAAAGCCUCUAUACAGGAAAAUGCGGCAAUAGGAACAGUGGUAGUGAGAGUAACAGCAACCGACGCAGAUCAUGGAUCGAAUGGAAAAAUAACAUUUUCAAUUGCAGGUAUGCUAGAUCAUGCUCGUGGGAUGUUUGAAAUAAAUAAGGAGAGUGGCGAGGUCACCUUGAUUGGAAAAAUUGACUUUGAAAAGUCUAGAAGUUUCCAGGUUAAUAUUCGCGCUAGUGAUGAUGGUGGACUAACUGGGUCCUGCAAACUGAUAGUCGAUGUGUUAGAUAUGAAUGAUAACAGCCCUGAUAUUCAUAUCAUGUCAAAAUCAAAUGUGAUUUCAGAAGACGCAAAACCUAACACUGUUGUUACGGUGAUUAAUGUGGAAGAUGUAGACUCUGCUGAAAAUGGAAAAGUACAUUGCGCCAUAAAUGAUAAUAACCACUUCAUGUUAAAGUCAACAUCCGAUAAAUUUUACAGUUUAGUGACAGACAGUGAAUUAGACCGAGAAAGAUCUUCUGAGUAUAACAUCACAGUGACCUGCUCUGAUGAGGGAGUGCCCUCCCUCUCCAGCAGCGUCACUCUCACCUUACAGAUCUCUGACGUGAAUGACAACGCGCCUGUCUUUGAGAGGAGCUCAUAUGAGGCUUACAUUGUAGAGAACAACACACCAGGUCUCUCUAUAUUCACAGUGAAAGCCAGAGACAGUGACUGUAAGUUCGGCAGAGCUGGUAGUCAGAACGUGCUGAUCAUGGACCCCAGUUCUACAGGGACGAUGCAGCGGAUACAGAGUGAAAAGAGCAUCCUGGAUGAACCAGACUCUCCUCUAGAGGUUUGA